UAAUAUUUUUUUAUUUUUUUGAAGGAAGACAAAAAACUUUAUUACAUAUUUAAAAAUGACUUCCAAAGAUGAACUUUAUGAAGCUCGACCUGGACAUUUCUUUGGUGUGUAUAUACUAUACAAUCGCAAUCCAAAACAUGAAGGAAAAAUAUACAUCGGUUUUACGGUCAAUCCUGCUCGGAGAAUUAGACAACAUAACCGUGAAAUCAAGGGUGGCGCAUGGAAAACCGGAGGCAAUAAAGGUCCUUGGGACAUGGUUUUGAUCAAUCAUGGUUUUCAUACAAGAUUAGCUGCUCUUCAAUUUGAAUGGGCGUGGCAAAAUCCUUCAAAAUCACGACGUCUUUCACAUUUACCUAAAAAAAAGUCAAAAGAACCUAUGUUUACCUACAGACUUCGCAUUUUAAGUGAAAUGUUAAACACUGGUCCAUGGAAUAGAUUGCCCUUAACAAUUCAGUGGUUGAAGCAAGAAUACUGUCAACAAUUUCCAUUAAACCGUCCACCACCCAUUCACAUGCCAAUUGCGUAUGGGGCAAUAACAACUGUAAAAAAGGUGCCUAGUGAGAAGGAAGCUGAAGAAGCCGCAACUGAGAUAAAGACGCGUACGGAAGAAAAAGACCCUGAGAAUUGUAUGUUAUGUUCUGCAGUGGAAAACGAACACAAAUUAUUGAAAUGUAUCGUCAGCAGCUGUGACUUUGUUGCCCAUACUAUAUGCCUGGCUGAAGUCUUUUUAAAACAAUCGAAUAAUCAAGACAAAUACAUUUUACCCGUCGACGGCAAAUGUCCGUCAUGUCAGCAAGAAAUGUUGUGGUCAGAUGUGAUUAAGCAGCGCCGAUAUAAUUUAAAUGAGUUGGAAUUUGACGAUAGUCAAGAUGAUAACGGCAGUGAAGAAAUGAGUGACGAUGACGAAUUUCAAUGACGACAGAACGCAUCCAGUUUUUAAGAUCAUACCUGAUGUGUAGUCUUACUCAUAGGCCAUAGCAAAGUGUUAUGAAUGUGGAUUAUUCGGAAAGGUCGAACCCGUAGUUACAAAUAAUUUCUUACGCACGUCAAAACACGAACGAAAAGGAGAAACCAAUUACACAUACCAAUGCAAGACCGAAGAGGUGAACUAGUCUUUGAUUUCAGGUAGAUACCAGUAAAUUUAUUUAUGAACAUCUUAAUAUGGUGAAAGCUUUUUGUGCAAUGUUCUUGUUAAGGAGCCUGGACCUGAGGUUGUCAGCAUACUCGAUAUCAACAUGUUAGAGUUUGGCGUGAGCUUUUGUUGCUUAAGAGAUAUAACUUAGUGAUUCUUAAUGCGCAAAAACAGCCAAAAAUAUGUUUUGGCAGA